AUGGCGGCUUUUUUUUUCGGAGAAAGAUUAUACGAUGAUUUAUUCAUACCCGAUUUAACUUCGGCUUGUUUGGGAUGCAUAUGCGAAGCAACGACAAAUUGUAAUUUAACAAUCGGAUGUUCUGGAGAUUUAUGCGGACCUUUUUUCAUAUCGAAGGAUUAUUGGGAAGACUCUGGAUCACCCGUUCUUUAUGGGGAUCAUCCCUCAAGAAAGGGUGCUUAUAAAACUUGCGUUAAUGAUCCAUAUUGUGCUGCUACCACAUUAAAACAGUAUAUUUUUAAAUAUGCUCAAGAUUGUAACGGAAAUGGAUAUUUAGAUUGUGAUGAUUAUGCAAGAAUUCAUUAUUUAGGUGGUCGUCAAUGCAGUUUACCUAUUUAUCAUUAUGGCUAUUAUAAAGUUUUCAGAUAUUGUCAAAUUUCAGUUAAUUUAUUAAAUUGA